UGAGAGGAAUAAAGAAGAGGGGGUGGGACGGAUCUCCCGCAUUGUCUUUUAGAUUUGGGGAUGUUCACAAAGGGUACUUCCCAGAAGCCCUGGAAUUUUUAAGUCGUUACCGCUAAAAUGUGCCCCAUUUUUUUGUUUGUUCCUUUUUCCUGGCGUCGUUAAAGUAGUAUUUUUUUGUUUUACUUUUGAAAUGUGGAGUAAAGUUUGAACCCUGUUUUCUGUAGUCGGGAAUUAUUCGGAGAUUGAUGGGCGAGAUGGGUGAAAUGGGCUCAGUUUAUGAGCAAUAUUACACAGGUGGAUGUACAAAGACAGAGGAGGAAGAAGCCGCGAGCUCCGAGGAAGACUCAGGCUCUUUUCACGGCUCUGGGGUCUGCAAAUGGUUUAACGUGCGGAUGGGCUUCGGAUUUCUGUCCAUGACCCACCGGGAGGGCAUCUGUCUGGACUCACCCGUGGAUGUCUUCGUCCAUCAGAGCAAGCUUCAUAUGGAGGGUUUUCGCAGUCUGAAGGAAGGAGAAGCAGUGGAAUUCACCUUUAAAAGAUCCUCUAAGGGUCUGGAGUCCUUACAAGUGACGGGGCCUGGAGGGGCACCAUGUGUGGGCAGCGAGAAGAAACCUAAGGGUACCCAAAAGAGGCGGUCAAAAGGAGAUCGAUGCUUCAACUGUGGAGGACCCAAUCAUCAUGCCAAAGAAUGCCAGCUGCCACCUCAGCCGAAAAAGUGCCAUUUUUGCCAAAGCAUCUCCCACAUGGUGGCCAACUGCCCAAUCAAAGCACAGCAGUUGUCACCAGGAUCUCAGGGCAAAUCGACAACCUCAACAGGAGAAGAGGAGGACAUGAGCCACACUCCCUUACUGCCAGAGAGCACUGAUUAGCAGAGGAAAGGUUGUCAGGGAAACACAAGCACCAAUCAAAAAGUUUCAGAGGAAAAGCUGCUUUUGAAACUAACUCAGGUUUUUCUUUUUCAAACAGCAGAAAUGAAUGUCAACAGCUCACUUUUGUACUUUUAGUGAGGAAAUUAAUAUUGUAAGUUGUACAAAAAAAAAAAAGAUCAUUAUACUAUCCAUCUUUAUUUAUAACCAUCUUCAUUGUCUUAGUAAAAUGUAGGUAGCUCAGCUUUGGGUUUGUUUAGAGGGCAAAUCUCACAUGAACAUGUCUAAGAUUUAAAUAAUAUUUUACUUAAAAUGAAGCUUGUUUUCAUUAUUAUUCAGAAAUCUUUUUCUUUGUUGGCAGAUUUUUGUUUUAUUUUGCCACUUUUUAAUCUUUUGUAAAGAUUUUUCUUCAAUUUUUUUAAGGAAUUAUAUGGUACUAAUUUACAAGUAUAGAAUUAUGACAAUUAUUCACUUGUUAAACAUAUUGUGUAAACGCUGAGUGUGUUGUUGCACAACCUUUUGUUUCGUUUUUUAACAAUAAAAACUUAAAGAAAUUUAUUUAAAGAAAAAAAUGCAUAUUAAAUUUUAAAAUUAGUAUGAUACUUGCUUUCCAACAUGUGUUUUACUCAAAAACAAGAAAACUAAAACUAAUAUUCCAAACUAAUUUAGUUUCUUCUCUUUUUUUUUUCUUUUUUUUUUGGGGGGUGAAAACUGACAGCAAAUUUGUUUUAGCCUGAUUAAUAAUGCUUACAAUUCAAUAAUAAUUAAAAUACUAUUUACUUUAUUUGGGGAGAUAUUAUAAUGCGUGUAAUACAGAUAUGUUUUGUGAGAUCUGCCCUAAAGUGUGAAGCAAAUGUGAAAAAGUAAAGACUUUUAUUUUCUGCCUUAGCAAAGUGUCUUCGAUUUGUACUGAAACAAUCAAAACGCAUCAUGUUUACGGAUUGCAAUAUGUUUGGUGACACACAUGUACCUUUGCAUUUACACACAAGUGAUAUUUUGCUUUCUGAUGACAAAAUUAUUAUUGUCAUCCACAAGUACAUUUACAUUUUUUUAUAUUAAUGUUAUCUGACACUCUGAGAUUGUUCUGAACCACAGGCCAAGUGAAUGUUAAGGUUGUGUUUGUGCAUAUGAUACCUCAGCUCAGCCUCAUAUCAUCAGUGGAAAUACUCUGCACUGUCUCUAGUUAGUUCAUAAGAAAGCCACUGUGGCUUUCUUAAAUUAUUUAAUGACUCGUAAUUGUAAUGAAUGGCUUGCUCUAAUUUUAAAUCUUGGGAAAUCGAGAACCUAUUCCCAAAUUGUGCAUAAGCCAAGACAAUAGCACGUUUAUAGUGAUAAUCUUUUUAACGUUAAAGGAGAGUCAAAUGAUGUGCCAGGCUAGAGAUCCUGCUUUAUUUGAUGUUACUUUAUUGUAAAUAACUAUUGUGAACUUGUUUUAAAUCGCUGAUAUUUAUUUGUAGCCACACAAACUGACCUCAAACUUGAUGCGAUGCUGCAAUGGGUUUGCUCUUGAAUGCAAACAGACAAAUCCUUUAUUUUAGUUUAAUAAUGCUUAAACUGUAGCUUUGAGUUGACCAGAAUCUGCUGUAUUAUCAAGGCAGAAAAAAAAUAUGAGUUUCACAUAUGCAAUUACAUGUUUAAAAUCAACAUGAGGUUGAGUGAUAACAAUUUUAAAUUGGGUGAUCUAAGGGUAAUGGAGCAAAUAAGCCAACAAGCUUCAUUUUUAGGAAAGUAUUUAGCUUUGUCAAAUAGUAAUUGUCAUUCUAUUUGCCGUUUUGUAUGUUUGACAGUUCAGAUACUCAGUGUGAAAUAGCUGUAGUAAACCAACAUAGCAUUCUUUAAUACUUGUUGCAUCACAAAAUUAUGUCUAUCAUGUUAAAAGCGUAUUCCGUGAUCUGCAUUAUACAAAAAAAAAGUAUGAUUUUAUUUUUGAAACUCCUAAACAAUUGAUAUUUGAGCAGAUUUGACCGUGUAUGAAUUGGUUAAGUUACUAAAAUGUAAACUAAUUACACUUUUUCUGUAAGUAAUUUGUCUUAUGAUGUUUUACUAAUUGGUUACUUUUAUAUUUCUUUCAUACUCUAUUCCAGUGCUGCAAAACCUGCAGUUUGGUUUUAAUUCAAGUAAACGAAUGACAAAUGGUGAAUAAAAGCGUGAAAUGAUUGGUCUUAAAAAAAAUAAUGAAAGCACUGCAUGUGUUAAGCACAGAUUGUUAGUACAUACACACAGCAGCAAAACAUUUAAUGUGGACAAAAAUGUUGUCAAAGAUAUCCCUUUUUACCAAAACGUGUGAAAUGUGGUUUAGGCACAUUUUCAUGUGAAAAUGCAUAUGAACAAAUUGUGGACAUGUUUGGAAAUGUUUCGCAUGAAAAUGUUCCCAAACGUUGUGAUUUUUACCAUGUUUCCAUAUGUGAAGCUCAUUUCUGCAAGGACUGUUUUGUUUCUGGAAGUGAUGCGUGCUGGUUUAAAGGGUUAGUUCAAAUAAUUUUGUUAAUAUCUCACUCUUGUCAUUUUAAUAACCUGAAGCCUUCUAUCAUCUUUGGAACAAAAAUUGAGAUAUUUUAGUUGAAGUCUGAGACUUUUCUCAUCCUCAAUAGACAGCAAUGGGCCUGAGAUGUUUAAAGUCCAGAAAAGAAACGGAAAACAUUUCAUGUGACUUGACAUUCCAUGAGUCAAAUUGCGCUUGGUAAACAUGCACCAUGACCUUGAACCUCUCAAGUCGCAUGGAAUGUUUUGACAUAUUUAUUUGGUUCCCAUUUAAAACUUGUGACCAUUGCUGUCUUUAAAGGUGGAGAGAGCUCCUGGAUUUCAUCUGACACUGUGUUUCUCAACUAUGUUUCUGGAGGACCCCCAGCCCUAAACAUUUUCCAUGUCUCUUUAACCAAACACACCUGAUUCUGAUCAUCAGCUCAGAUCAUCAGAGACAUCCAAAACAUGCAGUGUUGGUGGUCGUCCAAAAAACGUGGUUGAGAAACGCUGAUCUAAAAUAUCCUAAUUUAUUUUCUGAAGAUGAACGAAGGUCUCGGGGGAGUAAUUAAUAACACAAUCCAAGCUAACCCUUUAAACAGAGACUAUAGUUAUAUCAUUUAAAAAAAAAAAAACUUGCAAUUUGAAAUCAAUUUUUAAAGGUUUGCAUUUUCAAAGUAACAAUGUAAACAAUGUUAAUUUUUCCGUUUUACAGCACAUCGCUGCUCCCAAAGUGUGUUUUGCUGACCAGAGCCUUUCAGGUUUUAGUAUAUUAUUGCAUGAAAGUAGGUGUUAGAGUAGUUUAAUAGGGAUGGGUGGAUGGGUUUCGCCUUGAGCAGCCUGUUGAAAACUUGAAGUUUUCUUUUUCAGGGAUGUGAAGGUUUCUUCAUCAUUGUAAAGAUGGUAUUUGGUGUCAUGCUAUUAUUUUGUAUCCCAUUAUCAUUUCAAUAUUUUGUUGUAUGUUUUUUUUUUUUUUUUUAUCUUUAUUUAAAGUUAGAACGAGAUGCUAACUUGUUUUGAAUCUAUACAAAUCUACCUCAGGGUGUGCUGAAAUGUAUUAAAUAGACAAUUCGAUUAGGACAUUGUCCAUUUAAGUGUGUGUGUGUGUGUGUGUGUGUGUGUGUGUGUGUGUGUGUGUGUGUGUGCGCGCCUGUGUGUGUGUUGUUUAUUUUAUAAUUCUAGGUGUAAUGUAUUUAAUUUUGGUGUGAUCGUUUCAGGAUUUUUUUUGUUUGUUUGUUUCACCUAUAGGCCAGCUCACAAAAGAAGUGCAAAUUUUACAGUUCUUUUAAUAUUUUGUUUAAUUUUUUGGUAUAUUGCUUGAUGUUUUGUUUUUUGGCCUGUUCUGUAUGCUGAGAUUGUGAACUCAGGAAUAUUUGUUAAUUAUUUCUUUAGUUUCUAAUGAAUGAAGAGGAUAAUCAAUGUUGCUGACCUGGAUUUGUUUUAUUAUUAUAAAGAUUGAUUUUUCUCAUGUGUUCUCAUUCACUGAUGCUCAGGAUAUCAAAUGCUGCACAAAUAUGAAGACCUACUCAUGUUUCGUUUGUAUUUUCUUCGGUUGCCUUGAGUACUCAUUGCAGGUGGCCAAGACUCUAUAUGUUCCAUUGUGUGUUUGAUGAAGACGAGCAUGUUUUGUGUUCCGGUGACCAAAGAAUGUAGCCACAAUGAAUAUGGCAGACGAAAAGCAUGGAGCUCAGUUUAUAGAGUUUCCUCUGCAAUCACCAUGCUAAAACAGUUUCAGAGAGAGCAAAUUCAUUUUCAGUUUAUCGUGAUGAAGCAUGCAAAGAAUGUUGUGCCCAAAGUGUGUUUUAGUGGUAACAUUACAACUGCUUUCUAAGUGAAUAAAUAUCUUUUUACGACC